UUUGGGCGGAGGUAUCGAGCGCUCCUUUCUUCAGCACCAGGCGCAGCAGCAGCUAGCUCUGGUACCUCCAUCGGGUGUAUUUACGGUUCUGCCCGAUGAUUCUGCGGCGGUGUCAUUAAGUUCUGACACAUGCCGGACAUCGGAACCUGUCCCAGCUGUCUGUAACCGGACUCUCAGCUCGGCAGGAAGCUCGGAUCUGUUUGGUUUGUUGUGUUGUGUUAGCCGGAAAAAAAGCUAACGGACGGUUUAACCAUUCGGAGCUCUGCCGAACCGAACUGGACCCAACUUGCUGAAUGGACCGAAGCUGGAGGAAGCUGGAGGACCCGAACUACACGAUGAGCUAACUUGUAGGAAGCGGGCCCGAACACCAGAACGAGUCCCCGCUCUCCCAUGAUCACCAUGGAGCCCACCCUCCAACCGAGCCUGCAGCCGAACCUCCAGGAGAACUCCUACAAGAUGACGGAGGAGGACGUGAAGAGGCUGAUCCACUUCCGGGCCUCCAACGAGGUUCUGUUCACUGGGAAGAGGAAUUCGGCUAAGAUCGCCUGGAGCACCAUCCUGAAGGGUUUGGGUCUGGAGGGGAAGCUGACUGCUGACCAGAUCGCCAAGAAAUGGGACAACCUGCGGACCAAGUAUAAGGACCUGAAACAGCCUUACCAGGGCCAGGAGCAUCUUGGGGUCGUGGUGGAGUCUUGGCCCUGGUUCCACAUCAUGGACGAAGCGAUGCAGGGCCGCCUGUUUAACAGCAGCCUGGUUCUGAGUCCGGACAGUCCCUGCAACGCAGCCCAACCCUCCGACUGCCAGCCCUGCCAGAACCAGGAGAACACGGACAUCCUGGAGUUCCUCAUCAAGACGGAGAUGGACGAGACGGUGACGGGCGAGCCGGUGGAGGAAGACGAGCCGGUCCACGCAGAGGCCCCGCCCACUGGCGGCGUUCCCAUGGGAUGGCGGAGGAUGACAGAGUGCACGUAUAAAAUGACCGAGGCAGAAACCGAGAGGAUGAUCAAACUUCGAGCUGCAAACGAAGCGCUGUUCACGGGGAGAAAACACUCGGCCAAGCCAGCCUGGAGAGCCAUCCUGUUCGAGCUCGGCCUGCAGGGGCGGCUGACCACAGAGCAGCUGGCCAAGAAGUGGGACAACUUGAAGAGGAGGUAUAAGGAGCUGAAGUUUCCGUCCCGCGGUGUGGAGGCCAACCCAAGCUCCUGGCCCUGGUUCUACCGGAUGAACGACGCCAUGGAGGGCCGAAUGGCCAACGCCGCGCCCAUCCUCGCUCCCAUCGUGGAGGACGGAGACGAGGAGUGCGAGACUCUCUUGCCGAUGCCAAAGAAGCGAGCGCGGCGAAGCCGGGGCGGGAUGGCCGAGUUCCUGACGGAGUCUGAGAUGGAUCUGUUGGUCGAUAACGAAGAGAAGAUCGGAUCAUCGGCUCUGGGAGAUCUACAUCGGAACACAGAGUUCACCUACAAAUUAACAGAAGACGACACGAGGCGACUGAUUGAGCUGCGAGCUGCUAAUGAGGUUCUGUUCACUGGCAGGAGGAACACGGCGAAACCUGCCUGGAGGGGGAUUGUGAAGGAGAUGGGUCUGACUGGGAGGAUAACUCCAGACCAGGUGGCCAAGAAAUGGGACAACCUGAAGACUAAAUUCAAGGACCUCAAGUUUCCUCCUCGCGGUAUGGAGGCCCAGACCAACCCGGCCUCCUGGCCCUGGUUCCAGUUGAUGAGUGACGCUCUGGAGGGCCGGCUGGCCGACAAAGCCCCCAGAGUGACGCCGGUGUGGACCAGCGAGGAGGACGCCGUGUUCGGGUCGUCCCCGCCCCCCGACUGUCUGAUGGGGGAGCGGAGCGGCAUGUCGGAGCUGGACGGCAUGGUGGGCGGAGACCACGGCGAGGCCGACGCCACCGUCACCUACAUCGACGCCAGCGGAGAGGAGUGCGCCACGCCAUCAGAGCUCUCCUACAAAAUGAGCGACCAGGACACCAGAAGGAUGAUCAAACUCCGAGCUUCCAACGAGGUGCUCUUCACCGGGAGGAGGAACGCUGCCAAAGCUGCCUGGAGAGCCAUCUUGAAGGAGCUCAGCCUGCAGGGAAAAGUUUCCACCUACCAGAUGGCAAAGAAGUGGGACAAUCUGAAGAGGAGGUACAAGGACCUGAAGUAUCCUCCCGUUGGGAUGGAGAGUGCUGCUGACAGCGCCUCCUCCUGGCCAUGGUUCCACCUGAUGAAUGACGCCAUGGAGGGGCGUCUGGCCGGUAGCGCCCCCCUCCUCACGCCUCUAACUCAGGAUGACGACCAGCACCCAGACCCCGCCCCCAGACACAAGCUCCGCCUCCCUCCUGCGCAGCAGCCGUCCUCCUCCACGGACUUCCAGGAGCCGUGCGGCGGGACGCUGGGUGGACUGGAGCGGGAGUGGGAGGCGGUGGAGCGGGAGCGAGCGGCGUUGGAGCGGGAGCGGGAGACGGUGGAACGGGACCGGGCGGCGGUGCAGGUGGAGCGGCUGUGGUUGGACCGGGAGCGGGCGGCCGUGGAGCAGGACCGCGCCCUGAUGGAGCAGGAGAGGGCGGCGCUGGUCCGGGACAGGGAGGCGCUGAACCAGCGGGCCCUGAUGAUGAACCCUGUGGGACACCUGAACAGCCUGAUGUAGGCGGGACGAUGUGGCGACGCAGAGCGUCAUCCUGCUGUGGAUCCAGACUGAUGCUGCUGGGGGAAAAAAGGCUGGUCCUGGCUCAGGUUCAGAUCCUGGUUCUGCAGGUCCACCGGGUUUAUCAGGGAGUUAUCGUCUCCUUCUUUACUGCUCAUCAUCUCAGAGUCAAACCGACUCAAAUCACAAAAUCUUACCAAGUACGUUUGGUCUAGUUUCUAGUGCAAAUAUCUUAGUUUUCUUAAAAUAAGACAAAGAUAACUGAAAGGAAACAUUUCAGCCAGAUAUAAGACGGAGGUGUCCAAACAUUUUACAAAAUGGGCCUGAAUCCUAAAGUUCAAAGUACUCAGGGGCCGUACUGUCCUUCUAAUUUAAAUAAAAAAUAAUGCUCUUAUGAAUUAAAGAAAUGUUUUUAUGUGCUCAAUACAACAGCAUAUUAGAGCCAUUGUAAAUAGAAGAAAAGUAGUAAAUUUUCACCAAAAAACUAAACUAGAUUAAUCUCAGAAUAUAUUUUUUUGUUGUUGAAAAAAACAUGGAAAUUUCUGAAUUUCAAAUGUUGAAAAUUUUUGAGUGAUUAAUUGGAAUAAUUUGAGUGAAAUUAUUCCAGGGCACAAACUUUACGCAUCCCUGAUAUAGUAGCUUGUUUUAGGUCAGUAAUUAUUUAAUAUUGAUUUUAAAACGUUUUAGUUCCAGUGGCAGAUUAUUCCACUUUGUUAUUCCGUGUUAUACAGGAAAAGGUUCACUUUGUCAAUAUUAAGGAAUUAUCAACUUAAAAGAAGCUCCUAUAAAUCUCCGAAGUUACUUGUAAGUUAGUUUUGUUUUAUUUCAAGUGUACUAAGAUACUUGCUCCAGAAACUAGACAAAAA